ACAUUACAUUUGCUCAGAUUGAACAUCCUCAUGCAUUCGGAGUAUACUCUAUCAAAAAAUAUACCGAUUGGUUAGUUUUUUCUAAUGAAGAUUGAGAUGUUUCUGCUUUUAUCUUUAUUAUCAUGGUGUUGAUAUCAUAAACGUUCUUCUGUUUUAAUCCAAACGGCGAAAUUUCAUCCCGGAUUGGUCACCUGCCAGGUUGCUAAAACGAUCGCCGGCUUCGUACCCACCCCGCCUUCUUAGAAGUCCUCAUACUAUUUCAUCGGUACAGUGUAUUACUAUUACUGGACAUUACUGACAGGAGCUAACACCGGUGCAUUUAGCUGGAGUGAACGGCGGGGAGUUUUGGUAUCACUUUCAGCUUAGCCAGGUGGCUGUAGGAACAGUCAGAUUCAAUUUGGUUAGAAAUCGGAUCACGCCGCCACGGCUCUUCUAAUGGAGUUAUGGAAUAGUAUCAUGUGGAGGGGCUCAGCGGUGCUGCUGGUUCUGACAGCCUUGUAUUUUACGACAGGAGAUGCUAGCCUGUCAUUGGAUGUGGAUGGUAGCCAUGUCUGUACAAGAACAGAGAGUUAUUUCCAGACUAUGACAGCAUCCUACAGUGAGCCGUUUGAUCAGAUUUACUAUACCAGAUGUACAGACAUCACAAACUGGUUCAAGUGUACCAGGAGAAGGACGAGGUACAGGGUUCGGUAUCGUCAAGAAGUGAGGACUCGCUAUCGCAAGCUGAGACUGUGCUGUAGUGGGUACCAUCAGACAGACAAUAUGUGCAUACCCAUUUGUUCCAAUCCUUGUGUCCAUGGCACAUGUUCUGCUCCAGAGGUCUGCACAUGUGGGGCUGGAUACAGGGGAGAUACAUGUGAAAGUACUUGCCCAGAUCAGAGGUGGGGCAGUAACUGUCUUAAUCUUUGUGGGUGCUCUAACGGAGCAUCAUGUGACCCUAUGGACGGAAGCUGUUCCUGUCAAGCAGGAUUCUCAGGUCCUAGCUGUUCUGACCCAUGUCCAGCUAACACCUAUGGCCCAGGGUGCCUCUUGCAGUGUCAGUGUGAGAACGGGGGUAGAUGUGACUCUGUAACAGGUGCAUGCUCUUGCCCUCCUGGAUAUCGACUGCCUCUGUGCCAUGAUUAUUGUCCCCAGGGUACACAUGGACCAAACUGUGUCAACCAAUGUCAAUGUCAGAACAAUGGUGUCUGCAACCCAGCUACAGGCAAAUGUACAUGUAAACCAGGAUGGAAGGGUGAAGUGUGCGCUGUGCCUUGUCACAGGGGCCGGUAUGGCCAGGAUUGCAGGAGCCGUUGUACCUGCUUCAAUGGUGCCUCCUGUAACCCUGUCAAUGGCACGUGUCAAUGCCCUGAGGGGUUCCAAGGGGACCAAUGUGAACUGCAGUGCAUGUCAGGAACCUAUGGAGUCAACUGCAAUCUGCAGUGCCAGUGCCAGAACGACGGACGCUGUUCUUCGGUCGAUGGCAGCUGCAGCUGUCAAGAGGGCUUCCUUGGAAAGUACUGUGGAGAGAGUGUGUGUCCCCCAUGGAAGUAUGGAAAUAACUGCUCCAGUCUCUGUAGUUGCAAUGUAGAGCACUCCUUGAGUUGUCACCCCAUUACUGGACAAUGUAAGUGUAACACUGGCUAUGUUGGUUCAGAAUGUGACUUCACUUGCCCUCUUGGUUCCUAUGGCGAUGGAUGCUAUCAGAUAUGUGAAUGUCAGAAUGGAGCUCAUUGUAACACUGUAGAUGGAGUUUGCACCUGUGCGCCUGGAUGGCUGGGGAAAAUCUGUAACGAGACGUGUCCUGUUGGUAGCUACGGCCACGGUUGCCAGGCAACGUGUAACUGUCAGAACGGAGCCACCUGUCAUCAUAUAGACGGGGACUGUAUCUGCGCCCCAGGUUGGCAAGGGGUUCACUGUAAUCUUCCAUGUGAGAAUGGUUUCUAUGGUGAUGGAUGCAGCAGGUUAUGUGACUGUGGGAACGGAGCAUCUUGUGAUGCAGUGACUGGACAGUGUGAAUGCACCCCCGGAUGGUUACAACCCACGUGUCUUAGAGCUUGCAAUCCGAUGAAAUUUGGACCUGAAUGCAUCAAUAAUUGCAACUACUGUGAACACUCCUCAACAUGUUCUAAUGUAGAUGGUCUCUGUCAAUGUGACAUUAAUUACACAGGUGUAUUGUGCUCCAGUUCUUGUCCCAAUGAUUUCUGGGGACCUAGCUGUUCCCAGACCUGUAAUUGCCUCAACGAGGGUUCAUGCCAUCCUUUGAAUGGGACCUGUCUGUGUCCUCCUGGAUUCACAGGAGAGUAUUGUGAAUUAGUCUGUACAGAAGGCACGUAUGGUUAUGAGUGUGGUUACCCCUGUCCUGGUACAUGUAUGAAUGGUAACGCCACUUGUCAUCCAAGAGAUGGGAGCUGCACCUGUCUCCCUGGCUACCAAGGAGUCAACUGUGAUAGACCUUGCCCAUCAGGAUUUUAUGGUGUUGGAUGCUCACAGGAAUGUAUGUGCAGUAAGAACUCUACCUGUAAUCCAGUAACAGGACAAUGUGAAUGCUUAGCUGGAUGGAUCGGACCUGAUUGUAGCCAAAAAUGUCCUGAAGGUCGCUACGGCUAUGGCUGUGCCUUCUCCUGUGACUGUGCACAAGGAGCGACCUGUGAACCUUAUGAUGGAGAGUGUAUGUGUCCCAUUGGAUUCGGUGGACCAAGGUGUACAGAGAGUUGCCCAAAAGGAAAUUAUGGAGAAGGCUGUAGCCUCGUAUGUGAAUGUAAUGAAGAAGGUACAGCAUCUUGUAGUCCUCUCAAUGGACACUGUGACUGCAGCAUUGGCUAUAGAGGACAUCGUUGUGGACAAUUGUGUGUGCCAGGAACGUAUGGAAUUAACUGUCAGUUUGACUGCAAGUGUCAGCAUCAGUCAGCCUGUAAUCCUGUAACAGGACAAUGCCGCUGCUCACCUGGAUGGAUAGGAGAUACAUGUGAACUAAAAUGCCCGCCAAGCCACUAUGGUAUGUUCUGUAACAACACAUGUUCCUGUCCAGGUAGAUCUGAAUGUGAUCAUGUGAGUGGGCAGUGUUUGUGUCCACCUGGUUUCUAUGGCAAAGAAUGUAAACAAGUGUGUGGGCCAGGGUUCUAUGGAUCAAACUGCAAGGAGACAUGCAGCUGUCUCAAUUCUAACUAUGUUUGUGAUUCAGUCAGAGGCUGUGUAUGUCCUGAUAAUGUCUAUGGUGGACAAUGUAACAUUGCUGGAAUUAAGAACCAACAGACUGGUCUCAUGUCUGGAGGACCAAUGAUUGGUAUCAUCAUGGGCAUCAUCAUCUUCAUCCUCAUCAUCCUCCUCAUGUUAGUCUUCCUCUGGAGGAGAAGAUACAGAGGAAAACCAGAUUAUGGAUUCGCUAUCUCAUAUUCAAGAGGUGACAUGAUGAACUCCUCUGGUCCCACUGUCGUAUCCAAUGGAAACGCUCAUAACCUACCCCCAGCCAGAGACUCCCCGCUAGGGGCCAAAGGUCAAAAUAAACUCAAACUCCAGAACGUGAAUCCUCUAUUCAUGGCGCCGGUGAAGAAUAUUGAAGAUGAUGACAUGGCUGGGGGCGCCAUAGGAGGAAAAUCAUUUGCCACUGAAGACAAGGUUGACAACACGUAUGAAACAGCGAUCCCGCCCCCUCUACCCCCAGGACGGGGUGAGGAGGGAGACUAUGAAGAUGACUCUAACUGUGAAAAAGCUACUAACUCUUAUGAGUGUAUUCCGCCACCUGUACCACCCCUUAGAACUAACAUCAACCAGUUUGAUGGCAAAGAACCCAAUAAAAUACAACAUGGAAAAUCGCAAAUUUUUAAGAAGGCUAAGAACAGCAGCCCGAAUCUGAAACGUUAUUCCAGUCCUGGAGACUCAACGGAGAACAUCUAUGCUGAUAUAGAUGAUAUGCUAGCUCAGGCUAGGAAAGCCUCUCAACCAUUACCACCAGUACCAGAUAACUACUCCAGUAUACCCAGAAAUACACCAGCAUUACCAUGUGAAGAACCACUUUUAUCAUCCAUGGAAGACUCCUUUAGCCAGAGUAGGACACUUCCUAGCCCUGUCCCAGACCAGUCUCACGUCAUGUAUGACAACACGCCUAGAGGGGUAGAUAUCAAGUAUACAGGUCUCUCUGGCUCACUACCCACUACUUCCUUUGAAGAAGACGAGUUCAUUGAGAUCGGCAAGAGAUCACAAGCUGCUCUUAAUUCAUAGGCGUUUCUGUAGGGCAAUCUCUAGAAACUCAUUCCUGUACUUGUAGGUCUCUGAACUUACGAUGAAGCAAGUUGUGAACUAGAAGUAUGUAGCUGUUAGCAUGUAGUUCAGCUUUCUACUAACCUUAUAGCAUUUGUCCACUCCCAAGGAAUUUCUCAAGCCAAGGGAUUUUAUGCUGCUUAAAGGUAACUGGAGAGAAGAAACAUAUAGGUGAUCAGAAUCCCAAAUAAGUCAGGAAUUAAUCCUCCUAAUCAAGAUGAACUAUUUCAUGAUUAUUCCAGAUCUAAAUCUACUUUAAUCAAAUAUGGAAAAGGUUAAUAUCUGGUUUUUCCUUUAGUUUAACUGGCUCAGUAUGAAUGUAAUACAUUCUUUUACCAACAGUACACAGAAGUUAUUUAUAUCAAUGAGGAAAAUAUGCUUAAUGGUUGCAUCAAUCAUUGUGAAAGCAUAUUGUUAACAUUUUAAGAAUAUAUAACUAAUGGAAUACAGCAGAAUGCACUAGAUUCAUCAUUAAAUGAAAUAGAUGUGCCUUGUUUGUUUGAUAAAAGCAACAUUAAGAACUUGAACAAACCAGAUUUACACGUGCAGUAUUUUUAAUGAAGUGUGUGUAUGCAGUUGGCAUUCAUUUGUAUUUACAUUCAAGAUUCCAGGUAGACUUGAAACCCUCCAGUGUAAAAUCAUUGCAUAGACUUCACAUCAAGUUAAACUGUAUAGUAGGUUUCAUUCUCACACUUGUCAUUUGCAAUAGAUGUGUACUUAAUCCACAUUUAUAUAACCUCCAAAUGCUGAUUAUGCCAGAGAGACUUUUAUAAAAAGCGUGUAUAUAUACAAGUAAGCUCUUUAAGUAGGACUCUGAUAUACAUGUGUUUAGGUUGCAAUUUUACUAACUAAAAACUGACAGAUGAUAUUGUUCAUGAGAAGAAGUUAAAAUGUGCAGAGAAUCACUUGACCUUGAGAUAAGUUAACAGCAGUGUACUUAAAACUAACUGCCUUUGUAAGCAGAAUAGGCACUUUGAUAAUUAGUAAAUAAGUACAUUUUAGCUACUUACAUGUAUGAAAGUGGGUAUGCAGUUUGCACAAUAAAGUGAUUGAUGGGAAGGAGUGAAUGAAACUACAGAACAUGUAUGAAGACCUUGCUCAUGUAGAUUUACUUUGCUUCUCCAUGUGACAUGGCAAUAUUUCCUUCUUUAGUGUAUACCCAGUUUCUCAAAGCUUAAGCAUUUUGAAAGAAAAUGGA